CGUCUCUAACCAGCCGGUGGUGUCACUCAACAACCGUGGAGACUUCAAACAUUUAAAAUCAUAACUCACUUUACUGAGUGGGGAUUCCUUAAGAGAAAAGCUGUCAGAUAAAUUGUUGAGCUGUUUUUCUGAUGGUCAGCCAUGGAUGAAGAUGACAGCCAAGAGGAGCUGAUCAACCGCAGUACGUCCCACAGCAAAGGAAAAAGGCCUGCGUUGUGGGCCAUCUCAGAUGAAUCAGACAGUGUGGAUGGGGAGUCUGAGGAGGGAGAAUCCGACAGUGGUGAGGAAGAAGACGAUGAUCACCUAGGUGGAGAGGAUGAUAAUGAUGGUGAUGAUGAUGACGAAGAGGAGGAGGAGGAGGAGGAGGAGGGAGAAGAAGAGGAGGAUGAUGAGGAAGAACAGGAAGAUGCUAAGGCUGAAGAUGGAGCUUUAGGGGGACCCUCUGCUGAUCUUGCCGAGAUGAGCUCGGAUGAGGAUGCAGAGAAAUGUCCCAUCUGCCUUAACUCAUUCAGCAGCCAGCCUGUCGCAACACCAGAGAACUGCGAGCACUACUUCUGUCUCGACUGCAUCCUUGCAUGGGCCAAGAAUGCAAACUCGUGUCCUGUAGACCGUAUUUCCUUCAACAGCAUAUACCUAAGGAAAUGUUAUGGAGGCAAAGUAAAGAAAAUGAUCACAGUACAAACGCCUGUGAAGGAAGGGCUUGAGGAGGUAGUAGAUUUGGACCUGGAGCAGACCAACUGUGAGGUGUGUGGGGGCAGUGACCGGGAGGAUCGCCUCCUGCUCUGUGAUGGCUGUGAUUCUGGGUAUCACAUGGAGUGCCUCACGCCACCUCUGGCCUCUGUUCCUGUGGAGGAAUGGUUCUGCCCAGAGUGUCAAGCCAACAACCGUCGCUCAAGGGUUUCAGCUGAAGAACUUAGCGAUACAGAGAGCCUUUCCUCUACCGCCCGUCCUACCACCAGUCGAUCCCAGUUUGGUGCUGCAGGUCCCACCAGAGCGAUCGCCCGAACUCAGCAGAGCGAGAGGGUUCGAGCUAAUGUCAACCGUCAUCGCAUCACACAGGCACGCUCCUCACAGUUUGCUCCCACGUAUCUCAUCCAAUCCACUUGGCUGGAUGACACUAUUAACGCUGUGGUGGCCGGGCUCAACACGGCUGUGUAUAUACGGGACUUCACACCUCGUCCCCCAACUACUCACAGGCGCAAAUCCAGAAAACGCAGAAAGGUCAGAAGAAAGACGACAUCUUCUGCUAAAAGUAAAACAGGCAAAGUAGCAACUACAGGAGUGAAGAGGAGGAAACGGAGAGUGAGGAGGACUAAAUCCAGAAAAAGGAUUUUGAAAAAGCCAGCCACUCCUCGAGGCCGUAUCGCUAAUAAUCUCAGAAUUGUAAAGGACAAAAAGGGCUCUGCGCUUCCUGCAGUGUAUCGGCCAGCGGAGAACACGCUAAGCAACAUGCGUGCUGACAUCGGUGCAGCAUCUCUCUCCAUCCACGGGGAUCCAUCUGACCUGGAUCCGUUUGUGGAACAUGAGGAGGAGGAGCAGCAGACCCGCAUUACGUCGUUGUUGGAGGCCAAGAGGCGAGGGAUCUCUCGCUCCGCCCUGCGUUCUCACCAGCCUGUAGCUCGACCAUUCACUGCAGGCCAUUCCAGGAGAGGUAUGGACGUGCCCCAAUCAGGGGGUGUUGUUGAGGCGGCUCCUGUGCCCGACCUCCUUGGAAGCAUCCUAUCGGGACAGAGCGUCCUCUUGAUGGACAGCUGUGAUGUCGUUAUUAAUCGAGAUGGAUCCCUUAAAGCUACAAAGUCACUAAUGCAAUCUGAAUUAAACCCAGGUCACGGCAAUAGCUCAGGAGAUGCCAGCACCCAGAUCAGCCCAGUGAUGUCACCCAACCAAGGAGACAGUUCUCCAUCCCUCCCCUACAAUGUAGACCAACUAGGAUCCUCACACAGCUCCAUGAGCAGACCUUUAUCCCAGAGCUCUUCUCACUUAACCCCCCUCAUGCCCCUGCAGACCGGCCACAUCCGACCAUCUUCUCAUUCGGAUUUACCGCCCCGGGGUCAUCCAAGUUUGCAGCUACCUCGUCCGAGCAGACCCACGCAACCUCACAAUCAUCAGAGAAGUAACGGAGCCCCCAGCCCUUCGUCUUACAUCCACCCCUCCCUAAGCACCAAGAGCAAGGGAAUGGCCUCAUCACAAACUCAACAAGCCCCCACAAAGCCCAUGUGGGUAGAUGUGUCGGUGCUUCCUAGGAUACCAAAAAUAAAAAGGGAGAACAAUGAUGUCACAAAUAAUGGCACAAGUCAAGAUGGCCGUGAUCGUAGCAGCAGCAACAGCAGCAGGGGAAGCAGCAGCAAUUCUAACCCCUGUACUAACGGUCACAGCCUACCGGAAACAGGCAUGAACAGUCUGGCUGGGGACAGGGGACGGCAGCGAAGUGUAGACCAGCAGAAGGGCAGGGCCGACGGUCAGAGGCAGAGGCCUGAUGGAGCCGGCUCUUCUUCAGCCUUCUCCAACUCCUUCUCCUGCUCUUCCACGUCCAUCGGCUCUUCUGCCAGCCAGCCUCGUUAUUCUGCGUCCUCCUCAUCUUCCUCAUCAGUGAGUUUCCGCAUUAACUCAAGUGGGAACACGUGGCAGACGAGGCAGCUAGGCAGCUCGUCACUCCCUGCUGCUGGAGGCAGUACGCACCCGACACGGGCACAAAAGGAAGACGAUGCCAAAAAGAGACAGCUGCACAGGGAUAAACAAAAGCUGCUGGCAUCGCGUACACCGAUCAAACAGGAAGAAAGCAGUGAUACUAUCUACGAUCCUUUUGAUCCCACUCUGUCAGACUCCAGCAGCUCAGACAACGAAGCUCAGGGUGUAACACUGCAUGGAAGCUCUGAAAAAGCCCCACGUGAGGAGAAGGCUUCUAGUUCAGUAAACAAGGAGCAAAGGAAGCAGGUUACUGUCAAAACCGAACCACAGGACAUUGAGGUCUCACAGGAAGAACUAAUGAGAGACAAUGCUCAGGAAUCCACAUCACAGGGGGUCAGAUUCUCAGAAAAACAUGUCAAGGUAGAAACAAAAUCAAAACUCAAAGAUAUUAAGUCUGAGAAACCAACAUCACUAGCCACUAAAAUUAAGAAAGAACCAGUGUUGGAUGAGGCAGGGGGAGCUGAAAGAAUAAGUAGCAGCGUUAAGGGUGAAAAGACAGUAGACACUGCACCACCUGUCCAACACAGACUGGAUCUUUCCAAGAGUAAGAGAGAAGAGGAGAGUGGACGGAGUGCUGCAGCAUCUAGCUCUACUCCCACCAAGAAGGAACACAAGCCAGAAACUAAAUCAGACUCAAAAUCCUCUCCAAAGUUAAGAGAUUCGGGCCAAAAGAAGAAGACUUUCCAAGCUAUGAAGGAGAGGCACUCUUACAGUCCAGAGACAGACAGAGGCAAGAGAGGAGACCAUCAAGGAUCAGGCCCAGGAGGCAGACCCAAAGAAAAGGAGAAGGAAAGGACUUCCAGGCGGUCCAGGUCCAGAGAGAGGACUGGCGCACACUCAAUCUCUGAAAGCUCUCAGUCCAAGUCCCCUGUUAGGAAACUCCCAAAGAGACGGCGAGCCCGGUCCCAAUCCAACGACAGGAGGGGAUCUGGGUCUGGUUCCGAAUCUAGCAGCAGAGAGCGUUCAAAAAGAAAGAAGCCUUUACGAAGGAGCAAGGAGAGAAGUGAUGGCAGAGACGGUGAUAGAGGCCGAGAGUCAAAGGACAAGAGACGUGGUCGGUCUCGCUCAAAUUCACGCUCGAAAUCACGGUCCAGAUCCGCAUCCAGGGAACGGAAGAGUGAUCGCACACGACUGCCACAACCAUCUCUCUCCUCCAAAGACAAGGAGGACUCGCGGUCAAAAGACAAGAGGAGACGCCGGUCCAGAUCCAGCUCAAGAGAGAAGAGGAAAGAAGAAGGGUCUUCAUCCAAGAGCGCUCAGAAAACGUCAGGGUCCCAUGCUUCGUCCUCUAAAGACACAAAACAGUUACAUGAAAAUAAAAAAGAAAAGGAUGUACCUGUAAGCUCCGUCAAAGAGGAAAAAUUGAUCAACCAAAAGACUCCCUCCUGUUCCGCUGUGUCUGAAAUUAGAAAGAAAGACCAUAAGGCAGAGAGCCAGGACACGAAAGCAGAACAAGCAAAAGAGAUCAAGGUUGAAAAAGAAAUAAAGAAAGAAAAGCGACCAUCUCUUGAUAUGUUUGAAGAUUAUUUUAUUAGUAAACCGAUUAAGAAAGAACAACCUGACAUUCAUGCUUUCAUGAUUGCCAAAAGCGUAGAUGAGAAGGAAAACAAAGAAGACCCUUUCUUUACUGAGAAAUGUGAAAUCAAGACAGAGACUCGUCAAAUCCCCAUGAUCAAAUCCGAGCCAACAUCCCCAAAAGCCUGCCAUUUACCCCCUACCCCCUUAUCUUCCUCCCUGACCCCACCUGUCACAGCAGAUGGUCUCCAGGAUACAGUGUCUGUGUCUGACCCAGAGUCAAUGUCCUCCAGAGAACAGCCUGUUGGGAUGACUGUCCCUGUCAAGCAGGAAGUCCAGCAACCCUCAGACUCUGACGACGACUUUAAUGUCGAUGUGAUGCUGGACAACCUGGACUAUGUGAAAACCGAGCACACAGAGGAUAGCGGUCUAUCCAUCAAACAGGAGAAGGAAGGAGAGGAGGGGAGGGGUGAACAGGUCUCGACCAUAGCUGGAGCCAAAUCCAAGUCUCAGGUGAAGAGGGUCACCUGGAAUAUACAGGAGCCUGAGGGGCUUCAACCAGAAAAGAAAUCUGCAAGCAAGCUGUCUCUGUACAAACUGAAGCUGAAGCAGGAAGGAGCUCGCAGACCCUCCUCAACAGGCCAGACACCCAGUCAGGACAUCACUGCGGCUGUCAGUCAACCCUCCAAGAGAGGGGCUGUUAGUACCUCCUCUAGAUCUGAUGGAGUACAAGGAGAGGCAGAGUAUUUGAAGAAGCUGCACAUGCAAGAGAGGGCUAUAGAAGAAGUGAAGCUUGCCAUCAAGCCUUUCUACCAGAAGAGAGACAUCAACAAGGACGAAUACAAAGAGAUCCUACGCAAAGCCGUCCAGAAGGUGUGCCACAGCAAGAGUGGGGAGAUCAACCCAGUGAAGGUGGGCAAUCUGGUCAAGGCGUACGUGGACAAAUACAAACACGCUAGGAAACACAGGAAAGACGAGGACUUAGGGCAGGCACAGGAGGCUGAUGAUAUGAAAAUCUGUGACAGCCCAUGAGGAGGCAAACAUUAAGGACAUCCACACCCACUGCUAAUACUAACUCAUUCACCAUGUUUAACUCUGAGUCAUAUUACUGGCUGUGAUCUCCAACUCUACAAUCACAAUGGUAAACUAAGAUGAUGGCUAGCAGCUUCAAGAUUUUAUACAAUAUCAAGGUUUCUGAAUUUUGAAGACAAACUUUUUGGUUGAACAGCACCUGGUGAAGUCUUUUGCUUAGACUGUCACUGCCAAGAACUGGACCCUUUUGUGUUGUUCAUCUCAGAAACAGGAGGCCUGGAGGUUGUGCCUUUUUUAAAGAGGCAAAUCUCAAAACCCCUCCCAUGGAGCCAGAAAUCAGGUAAAUUCGGAUGCAGCUCAGGUUUUCAGUUUCACACGGCUUUUUAUGGGCGCAUUUAUCAGUUACAAACCGUUUUGUUGGUUCAGAAGUGGUAGAAUAAUAUGCACAAUUUGCAUAUUUAAGACAUUUGUGACAUUAAGGAACAACACUGUUAUGCAAUUUUUGUAGAAAGUGUACCUGUAAAGAUAUUAAACCAUUUUAGAUUUGGUUGUAAAUAAUAUAGAUUUGAUAUAUCCACUUAUUUGUUUCUUUCACCUGUGUUGCGAAUGACUGAUUAUUAAUGGUUGUAGUUUAUAGAGUGGACCGGUUUCUGUUUUGUAUUAUCCGUCUUCCACAUCCCCUUCUAUCCACAAUGUUUAAUGAGCUAAAUCCAGUCCAGCAUGCUGCAGGCAAAUUCUGGCUCCGCAGUUUCAACAGUCACUUCGUUUUAAGGCAUAUUUAUUGUCUUAUGUUCGAGGCUGAUCUUUAGCUAUGUUUAGAAAUGUGAAGGUUUAUCUAGGGAAUCAUGUUUUUACCAAACUACUAGGAAAGAACAUGCACUAUUUUUCUCAGUAAAAGAGAUUUCAUUUGUUUUUGCGAAAUUCAGUUUUAAAACAGUUGUGACUACUACUCCGCAUUACUGUAAGUAUAUUAUAGUUUGAAGUGGGAAAAGUUAUAAUGCAGACUUCAUGUCCCAAUAACUCAAUGGGUUUCAGUCCCAUUAUCUUACAAAAACGAUAAUUUCUAUAUAUUUGUUGCUGUCUUACGUGGUGCGCUCAUGUCCAAAUACCUUUUAAUUCGUUUUUUUUCUUGUGUGUAAUGUAAGAACAUUUUUUAUUUGCAUUAAACCAUGGUUUUUGAGAUCAAUUUACAGUCCAUAAAUAAGAACAAUAGGACAUCACAGCAAUUUCCAAGGUAUGUGUUACAGAAAGAAACGUAAAGCUUUUGUUGGUGUGUCUGCCAUACUAACAGUGAUCACAGCUUCAUUAUGACUGCUUUGUGUGUCUUAAAACUGAACCUCACUCUCAGCCUUCUUUGCUUUCUUUUACAGAAAUGUUCAUGAGGGAGUCUCCCUGUGUGUCUAUAGCAGUUUAUUUGCAAACUGUAAAGGUGGAUUAUGAGGGUGGUCUGACUUGCCUUGUACUUUGUCAAGUUAAAUCCGCUUUAUAAACCCGAGAAAUAGGAACGAAAAAUGUACAAAAACAGGUGCUCAUGUUUAUCUGAUUGUAUUUUACUUUUUUCCGUAUUUACUUCAGACAGGCCAGGUGUUUUUAAGAGGGAACACUAAUGAUAAUAAAUCACUGAUGAUGAA